GCCCUUCGCCUGCGCCACCAUGCUCCAGUUCUUGCUUGGAUUUACUCUGGGCAACGUGGUUGGAAUGUAUCUGGCUCAAAACUAUGACAUACCAAACCUGGCUAAAAAAAUUGAAGAAAUUAAAAAGGACUUGGAUGCCAAGAAGAAACCGCCUAGUUCAUGAGGUCGACUCCAACACUGCCUUCUGGAUACACUAAUCUUCUCUUGAGAGCCUCCCUUUUCCAUCUGAACCAAAAACUUUUGUUUUUCCCUCCAGCCUCAGCAACGUUCUUCUUAGCUAGACCCUAUGUUUUUUGCCUUGGAGCAAAAUGGGGCUCCAGGUUGAGAACUACCCUUGCAUUUCCAACAUCCUCAUCUUUCUCCAUAUCUUCCUUCCAGCUGCAUGGAAAAUUCUAAGACUGGAAUUAUGGUGCUAGAUUAGUAAACAUGACCUUAACUGAGUAGUCUCUUCCUCAUUCCUUGGGAUUUCUACUACCUUUUGUCAAAAGAAAAAUUGAUGAGUUUUGUAUAGCUGGUUAGACACAAAUAAUACUGAUUUCACAGUUUAGCAGUUACAACAGGUGCUUGUUAAACAUCUGGUACUAAAUUAUGUUGUUUCACAAUAACUAAAAUGAAUAUCUAGAAGCCAGUUUUUUGGUGAAAUAUACAUUUAUUUUAUACUGAUACUGUUAGGCAGCUCCAUAGUUGCUAGUUUAACCAAUAAAUCAAUUUGCUAUUCAUUAACUGAAAAUUUUUGAGAAUUCUCCCAGGAAUUUAAAAAUAUGCAAAAUAAUGAUCUUUGUCCCAGUAGAGUUUAUGGUCUAUUUAGUUUAUGUGUUUUUUCUUCCUAAUGUAUUUGAUCUGAAUUUUUUCCCUCAGAAGAAUCAUACUUGGGAUUAUAGGUACAUUUGAUGUUAUAUGGUAGAUAAAUGAAGUUGUCUAUAAAGGAAAUUCUAUGCCUUUUCACAGUAUGUAAGAGUAUACCUAUAGUGAUUUUCAAAAGAAAAGUGUGACCCAAAUGUAUAAUAAAGUCAGCAUCUCCAGAAGGAUAA